UAACUCCUUUCUCCUCCUCAACCCUCCUUGUUUCCCUCUCCCAUCCACCCAAGGGCUUUUGCUUAAGCACUUGAGGUGUUUCCUUGACUUUCCUCAGCAGGAGUUAGGGGGCUUAUCUAAUUCUCCCAUCUUGGACCACCACCCCCCCCCCAGUCUGGCUGAUGAUGGAGGGCUAAAGAGGGCAGGGGACUGUUCUUUGUGCAGCGGGACUUGCCAAAUGCUUCAAUGGGGCUGAGAGACUCGGCAUCCCGAAAGCAGAGUUCACAGCUUCUCCAAACCACAGCCUCUGCAUGGGUAUGGGUCCUGUGCCCUUGUGGCCCAGCUGGCCAUGCUGGUGGGUAGUGUCACAGAGGGAGACAGAGACCUGGGGGCUUGCUCCCAGGGCUGGGGGAGCUGGGUGCCAGUUCUAGCUCCUGAGAUCUUGAGGUUCAUCAGCACCCUGGUGCCCUUUAAAAUGAAGAGAAAGGAGAGCCAGAAGCAGUAUGAGCUGGAGUACCAGCGCAGAGCCACCAACCUGGAUAAGUGCACGGCAGAGCUGUGGAGAAUGGAGAGGGCCCGUGAUAAAAAUGUCCGGGAGAUGAAGGAGAAUGUGAUGCGACUGCGCUCGGAGAUGCAGGCGUUUGUCUCUGAGAGCCAGAGGGAGGCUGAGCUGGAGGAGAAACGCCGCUACCGCUUUCUGGCUGAAAAGCACCAGAUGCUCUACAACACUCUGCUCCAGUUUUACAGCAGGGCUAGGGGCAUGAUCCAGACCAAGGCACCACAGUGGAAGGAGCAGCUGGAGGCCAGCCGCAACCCCUCAAACAGCCACUCGCAGGGUCUUCUCGCAGCCUCCCACAGCCAGGGGUAUCCAUCGGGCCGGCUUACCCCCACCCACCUUGAGAUGCCCCAGAGACCCCUUGGGGACUUUGCUUCCCCCAUGACUGGGAGUAGAUCCAGCGUCUUCUCUCCAGAGCCUCCAGAAAUGAGACUGUCUCCUCAACCAGAGCCCCCCAGACGGUCACUGCGGAGGACACCAUCAGCCAGUUUGCUCCCUACCGGCCGCACCUCCCGUUCGGGUUCCUUCGGCGAGGCCGGCAGCGGCAGCGAAGGCAGGAGGAGGAGCGGCAUGGCGAGAGUGCAGGCUAUCGUGCCCCACACGACAGGUGCCAACCGGACCCUGCUACGGUUUGACCCCGGGGACGUCAUCACGGUGCUGAUGCCGGAUGCGCAGAACGGAUGGCUGUAUGGCAAGCUGGAGGGCUCGUCCACAUGCGGCUGGUUCCCUGAAGCUUAUGUCAAGCCUCUGGAGGAUGCGAGGGAGAUGCAGGAGCCAGCCACCAGGUCCUUCCCGCUGCGAAGCAGUCACAGUAUGGAUGAUAUCCUGGACCGUCCCAGCACUCCCUCCUCUAGCAAUUACUGGCCUGCUGCUGCCCAGCGCAGUUUGCCGAACCCACCUCCCCUCUCGGUGGGUGCCAGCAGUCACCAGAGUGGGGUGGCCACCCCGGUCAGUUCUGGCUCCAAGAAAUCAGGAGUAUUUGACCAGCCCCCCGAACUCUUCCCACGAGGUACCAACCCCUUUGCCACAGUCAAGCUGCGUCCCACGGUCACCAACGACCGCUCGGCACCCAUCAUCCGAUGAAGCGGGGUUGCGGACGGCGGAGAAUCUCAGCAGGGAAGGGGGAAGCAUACGAGUGACGGGCUGCAACCCCCAACUGGGCAGCGACCUAGUGCUACCGCUCACGGAGUAACCUCUUUCUUCCCCUCCCUUCCCUCCAGGACAUCGGGAUCCCUCUCGCCUGCCUGUCUGGCAUGCUCUAGCCAGCAGCAGACCCCUGCGGCUACUUUUGGAUUGUCCCCCCCGUUCCCCCCCCCAUCCCGUGUGAUGUUACUGUACUUUAGUGGGAGAACUCUGGCAUUACUGGUGCUGGUGGCCUGGGAGAGGGGAUGCUGCUGGUCUGGGAGGCAGAGGGAACCGAUGGGUAAGAUCAUCUGUGGCGUGGGGAAGUGCUAACAGGAUGACAAAGGCGAAGCUUUGCUAGCCCUGCUGGGGGCAGAGAAGGACACUCGCCAAACAGUCCCUUUGCUACCAGAAAAAUUAACCCCAGAUGGAGGAGGCCACAAGAAGGCUUCCAGCGAUGUGGUCCGGCCGACGGGUUCUGCAGCGUGCAGUUCUCGGUCCCUUUGGCAACUGUGUCCGUUCAUAGCAGCAUCUGCCCCUUCUUGCCCCCGGCGCAGCCCCUUCCCUUGCUGGGCAGCCCUGGGGCAAGGUAGGGGCAGGUGACAGUGCCCAGCGCCGCUGCCCUGCUCCUUCGCCUAUUGUCCUGUGGAAAAGGUUUG